UAGCCUUCUGUUGAGUCUUCAAGCCCAGGAGGUUCAGCAACAUCUGAUGACCAUGAAUUUGAUCCAUCAGCUGAUAUGCUGGUGCAUGACUUUGAUGAUGAACGGACAUUAGAAGAGGAGGAAAUGAUGGAAGGAGAAACAAACUUCAGUUCUGAAAUAGAGGAUCUUAACAGGGAAAGUGAUAUGCCGAUCCAGGAGCUGCUUAGCCGUUAUGGCUAUGAUGGUACCAUUCCACUCCAAGAAGAUGAUGAUGAGGAAGAUGAGGAAGAGGAAGAGGAGGAGGGAGAAGAUGAUGACGAUGUUGAUAAUGAUGACAACAGUGGCUGUAGUGGUGAAAACAAAGAGGAGACCAUAAAAGAUUCAUCAGGACAGGAGGAUGAGACACAGUCAUCUAAUGACGACCCAGCACCAUCUGUUGCUUCUCAAGAUCCACAGGAGAUAAUUCGUCCUCGUCGAUGUAAAUAUUUUGAUACAAAUAGUGAAAUAGAAGAGGAAUCUGAAGAAGAUGAAGAUUAUAUUCCCUCAGAAGACUGGAAAAAGGAAAUCAUGGUGGGCUCGAUGUUUCAAGCUGAAAUUCCAGCUGGCACGUGCAAAUACAAAGAGAAUGAGAAAGUGUAUGAAAAUGAUGAUCAGCUGCUCUGGAAUCCUGACUUCUUACCAGAAGAUAAAGUGAUCGAGUUCCUAAAUGAAGCAUCGAGGCGUACGGGUGAUGAGAAAGGCCUGGAUGCAAUUCCUGAAGGAUCACAUAUUAAAGACAAUGAGCAGGCAUUGUACGAACUGGUGAAGUGCAAUUUUGAUACUGAAGAAUCAUUACGAAGGCUGAGAUUUAAUGUCAAAGCAGCCAGAGAAGAAUUAUCUGUUUGGACAGAAGAAGAAUGUAGGAACUUUGAGCAAGGGCUGAAAGUCUAUGGCAAGGAUUUUCAUGUGAUUCAGGCAAAUAAGGUACGAACACGAUCAGUUGGUGAGUGUGUAGCAUUUUAUUACAUGUGGAAGAAAUCAGAGCGUUAUGAUUUCUUUGCGCAGCAGACCCGAUUUGGAAAGAAGAAAUACAAUCUUCACCCUGGUGUAACGGAUUAUAUGGACCGUCUCCUGGAUGAGAGUGAAAGUGCUGCAUCCAGUAGAGCUCCAUCCCCUCCUCCUACAACUUCCAACAGCAGCACCAGCCAGUCUGAGAGGGAAGACAGCACAACCAGCAGCAGCAAUCAGAACGGGGUGUCUGCUAAUGGCCCAGGUGAGGUACCAAGCAAAGAUGAAGCAAAAACUGAAGGAUUACAUGUAAAUGGACCUACCAGUGGGAAGAAAACACCUCACAUGGAUCUGGAUACAAAUGGGUAUGAGACUGAGAACCUUUCCAUUGACCCAAAACUUGCUCAUUCAGCUUCAAGAAAUGAGAACGAUUUUGAAGAAAAAAAUGAAAGACCUCUAAAAAGAAGAAGAAUUAACAGCAAUGGCAAAGAGAGCCCAGGUUCUUCAGAGUUCUUCCAAGAAUCAAAUUCACACGGGAAGCUUGAAGAACUAGAAACUUUGGAUGACUGAGUGCUAGGAGCUGAUUUUAUUCCUUGGAGUAAAUUUUGGGUGUCUAAAAUUUUCAGGGUUGAUGGGUUACCUUACAAAAUCCAGUUCCCUAAAACAAUCUGCUGAGAUUUUUUUCCUUAUACCUUCUAGUUGGCUCUUAAGAUCUGGUUAUUUGGGGGUUUAUUCAGUGCUGAAGAGCAGUAGGAGAAUAUUCUGUUUCUCAGAGCUGGCAACUGCAGUUCUGGGAACAACAAUAAGGCUCUUAAAAACAUUAGUGAAACAAAUCAGUGAGUUUCUACAAAAAUACUCCCAGCCUAAUCCGUUUAAAGAAACUUCUGUGUGUAAUAGACCACUCAAGCAUUGUACAAGUGAACAAAGCAUCCUAUUUGAAGCAGGGGGCUGGUUCAAACCUUGCAGGAGGUUCAAAUGAAAUAGAAGACACACAUCAGAGCAGGCACCGAGACUUCCACUCAUGCUAGCGAGAGGAAAGCGCCAUCCCGUUGUUAAGGAACCCUUAUGAAUCCUGAAAGUUAUGAGCACAACUAUUUUUAUAUAUAGAAGUUUUAAAAGGUAAAUAAAUAAACCAGGUCAGGUUUGUCUAUGUAAAAUUGUUGACAUCAAUGAUGUCUUUCCAUAUUCUUUAUCUGGGCUAAAGAAAUACAUUCUGUAUUUUUCCAGAUUCCUUUGUAGCCUUUGAAAGAUUUUUACAGUACCUAUGUCUUGAUUGAACUGUCCUUUCUUAAAACAAAAGCUUGUAUAAUUUUCUUAACUUGUACAGUUGGUAAACUUUUAUGAGAGAAUUGAUAUCCUGAGUCUAAUGUCAGCUUCCUUUUAUUUUGCUGAAGUCUUUUCUA